CUUGUGGCAAACGUGUGGCGCAGAACAUGUUUUGAGGAGGUGUUCUUUGUGCCAUUGUUCAAUCAAGUAAAAACGAGAAAACGGAUAAAUGGACCGUGGGUCGAAGCACAGGCAGGUGAAGCCUCUGGCUGCCUCUCUGCUGGACGCUUUAGAUUAUGACAGCUCAGAUGACAGCGAUUUCGAAGUGGGAGACGCAGAUGCCUCAGGGUCAGAGGGUAGUGCCAUUGGGAGUGAUGAGGAGGCGGAGGGGUCCAAGGAGGAGAGCGCUGCUGAGGACUCUGACAAUGACAGUGACUCGGACAACAUCGGCUCUGCAACGGACGGCAUCGAUGAAGAACAGACCAAGGAGCUGACAGGUGACGACACCCCCACCGAGGAAGAGGAGAAGACCAAGGAACAGCAGCCGUCCUCUGACAUUAGCACCACCACCACUAAAGACCCUGCUCCUUCAGGGGCGCCCAGGGGCCAACGGAGGAGAGAAGAGAAGGCCUCGGACACAGAGGCUGGGAGUGGAGGAAGCGGGAGUGGGACAGGUAGUGGUAAUGCACAGGACGGAGGCUCAACAACGGCCGCCACACAAGAGCCCAAGAAGUGGAACCUGCGUCGUAACCGACCCAUGCUGGACUUCACCACCAUGGAAGAGCUCAACGAGAUGGACGACUACGACAGCGAAGACGACAACGACUGGAGGCCCGCCGCCGGCAAGAAGAAGGCCAAGACGGCGGCUGCCCAGAAAGGAGGGAGCGAGGGAGAGGAGGAGGAGGAGGAGGAUGACGACGGCGGGAGCGGUAGCGAUGAUGAUGACAACGAGGAUGACGAUGGUGGUGAUGAAGAUGAGAAUGAAGAAGGGAGCAGUAGCGACAGUGAUAAAGAGGUGAAGAAACCCAAGAGGAAAGUGAAGAACAGCAGUGUGUUUGACGAGGAGCUGACCAAUGACAGCAUGUCACAGGGAAAGAGCAAUGAGGAUGCCUUGCUGGAGCGUGCCCAGACCUGGAGCGCGGCGGCCCAGAGGAUGGAACACAUCCUGAUCUGCUGUGUGUGUCUGGGAGACAACAGCGAGGAUGCUGACGAGAUCAUCCAGUGUGACAACUGUGGCGUGACCGUACACGAAGGUUGCUAUGGAGUGGACGGGGAGAGUGACUCCAUCAUGAGUUCCGCCUCGGAGAACUCCACGGAACCGUGGUUCUGCGAUGCCUGCAAGAACGGAGUCACGCCCAGCUGUGAGCUCUGCCCCAAUCAGGACGGGAUCUUUAAAGAGACUGACGCUGGGAGAUGGGUUCAUGUGGUUUGUGCGCUCUACGUCCCUGGUGUAGCGUUUGGGGACAUUGAUAAAUUACGACCAGUGACUCUCACAGAGAUGAACUACUCCAAGUAUGGGGCCAAGGAGUGCAGUUUCUGCGAGGAUGCCCGGUUUGCCCGGACAGGCGUGUGUAUUAGCUGUGAUGCUGGCAUGUGCCGAUCCUACUUCCAUGUGACCUGUGCUCAAAGGGAGGGGCUUCUCUCCGAGGCCGCUGCAGAGGAGGACAUAGCCGAUCCCUUCUUUGCGUACUGUAAGCAGCAUGCGGACCGCUAUGACAGGAAGUGGAAGAGGAAGAACUACCUGGCGCUCCAGUCCUACUGUAAGGCGUCUCUACAGGACAAAGAGAAGCAGCUGGCCCCCGAGGCACAGAACCCCUGGCAGGCCCGUAUCACCACCCGGCUGCAGCAGUACCGGGCCAGGGCAGAGCUGUCCCGUAACACCCGGCCCCAGGCCUGGGUCCCCCGGGAGAAGCUUCCACGACCCCUGACCUCCAGCGCCUCUGCUAUCAGGAAGCUCAUGAGGAAGGCCGAGCUCAUGGGCAUCAGCACGGACAUCUUCCCCGUAGACACGUCAGACAUCAGCGCAAGUGUGGAUGGACGCAGGAAACACAAGCAGCCCGCCCUCACUGCAGACUUCGUCAACUAUUACCUGGAGAGGAACAUGAGGAUGAUCCAAAUCCAGGACAAUAUCUCUGAACAGAAGAAUCUGAAAGACAAGCUGGAGAGUGAGCAGGAGAAGCUGCACGUCGACUACAACAAGCUGUGUGAGUCUCUGGAGGACCUGCAGAAUGUCAACGGUGUUCUGAGGAGUGAGGGUCAUGCCAUAUGGACCAUGCUGGGAGGAAUCCUAGGACAGAAACUGAACUCCCCGUCGGUCCUGAAAGCACCUAAAGAGAGGAAGCCCAGCAAGAAGGAGGGAGGAGCUCCUGGGAAGUCCUCCAACCUACCAGCUGUCCUCUACAGCUGUGGGAUCUGUAAGAAGAACCAGGACCAGCAUCUCCUGCUGCUGUGUGACACCUGCAAACUGUACUACCACCUGGGCUGUCUGGAACCUCCACUCACACGCAUGCCCAAGAAGACCAAGAACAGCUACUGGCAAUGUUCAGAGUGUGACCAGGCCAGUAGCGAUGAUGCCGACAUCGCCAUGGAGACACUGCCCGACGGCACCAAGAGGUCUCGGAGACAGAUUAAAGGACCAAUCAAAUUCAAUUUGUCCCCGGAGCCCAAGAAACGAGAUGUGAGGGGCACGAGAACUAGAGGGCAGAAGAGGAAGAGGGUGUCCAUCUGUGAAGAAGAGAGGUUUGAGGAACCGGUUCUACGUGAACGGCGUCAGCGUCAGUCUGCGAUGCAGAAGAAGACACCUAAAGCAGACGACACCAGGACCGACUGUACCUCCUGCAAAGGACCCGGGGACAACGAGAACCUCGUCAGGUGUGAUGAGUGUUGUCUGUGCUACCACUUUGGCUGUCUGGACCCUCCACUGAAGAAGUCUCCCAAGCAGACAGGAUACGGCUGGAUCUGCCAGGAGUGUGACACAUCCUCCUCCAAGGAGGAAGACGAGGAACGUGAGGAGGACGAAGAGGACGAUUCAGUCAAAGAGGAAACGACAGAGCACGAAAUCCCAACUGAAAUUCCCAACUGAAACAAAAACAACAGUGUGAUCUUAUCUUGAGCACAGUGAUCAAAUGUUAGUGGUCAGCGGUCGGUCAGUUUAAUCAAUUUCACUUCAAAGAUCUGUAGGUAACAGGACAGUCUGUAGUGUCUCAGUUCUACUGACAUUACUGCUCAUCUCUAGCCAGGUCCCCGAUCUGUUUGUGCUGUCUUGCAGCUAAUGACUACACAAACAAGAUGGCACAAACAGAUCUGAGACCAGGCUAACUCAUCUUUUCUCCUCAGUAAGAUAUGGGACAGAGCACAGAGGUACUACCCACGUUAGUUUUGUAGCCAGAGGAACAGUAUAUUUUAGAGUAGAGAAUGUAUUUGGUAAAGAAUGUUCUGUGGAAUAUUUUAGAGGGAAUUAAAGUCAUAGUAUAUAUUUUUGAAAAGGACAGACCUGAAGCCUCACGCUCACUAUGGUAACUGGAGAUGAUGUCGCUGACAUGUAGGUUUUAUCAUAGAAAUAUACAAUCUAGAAUAUAUUCUAGGUUAUAUAUUUUAGAUUGUAUUUCUAUGGUUUGUAUAUAAGAUCUUCAUGAAACAGCACGUCAAUGUAUUCUGACUGACAAGGUUUUCAUUCGGUGAUAGAGUUAUGUUUUCAGGGGCAUCCGACCGCAGCGGUAUUUUGCAGCAGAGAUGAAAUCAAAUAUAAAACACAGAGGAAGUGUCUGGUUGGACCAGACCAGUCAGACUGUUAAAGGAUAUGAACCUGCUUAUGAACCUGACCAACCAAACAUUUUCCCUCAGAUCUAUUUUCAUACACUAAUCAUUAUACAGUAUGGUGUUCACACUAUCCUCAGUAGCCUGCUCCCAGAUCUGUUUGUGCUGUCACAAACGAGGAUCAUUAGAGUUGGCUACACAGCACAAACAGAUCUGGGAUCAUGCUAUAUUCUCAAUGCCCUGUUUACAUACACUGGAUGUGAAGUAUUCAGUGGUGUCGAGUAUUUCUUAUACAAUCUCUCAUCACCAUUGAAUUGAAACUCUAUUUGCUGUACGGCAUGUGAACACCACGGUCUUGUAUCACCAGUUUAAAAACAUGUUUGUAUUUAGAUACUUUGUAAAUGUAAAGUGCCAAUAAACUUCAAUUACACAAAUA